CCCCUUUUUUUCUCUUUAUAUUCUUCACCAUUUUUCUUCAUUUCUCAUCUUCAUAAAACAAUACUUCUCUUUUUUUGAGAGAGAAAAUAUGACAGAAAAAAGGAGUAUGUUUUUGUGGGUGGUUUUGGUGAUGCUUUCCACUAAUAAUCUUGUUAUUCCAGUCAUUUCAAUUACCAAUAAUAAUAACAAUAUUGUUGGUAAUGAAAAAACUUACUAUUCUCCUGCUGACCCAACCCCUUCUUCAGGUCACCAUGGAACUUCCCACAAGCAAAAAUCUCAGCAUCAUGGAUCAUCCGCCUCCACUGGUGGUCAAAGCAACUGCCGUACCCCUCCUUCACCAAGCAGCAGCGGCGGAAGCGGUGGCUACUAUCCUUCACCAACACCAAACCCUCCUAGCAAAGGAGGAAGCGGCGGCGGAGGGUCACACCAUCCACCUAAACACCAUACACCUUCUCAUAACCCUCCUAGUGGUGGAGGUUGCCAAUGCCCUACACCACCAUCAUCCUCACCACCUCCUUCAAGUGGUGGUGGAGGUAGUUAUAAUCCUCCAACGACUCCCGUCAUUGUGACUCCACCAAGUACACCUUUAGUUUCUUCACCUCCUCCUAGCAGUGGUGGUAGUGGUGGCGGUAGCUAUUAUCCUCCAACCCCAAGCAGUCCUUUGGUUUCUUCACCUCCUCCUAGCAGUGGUGGUGGUGGUAGCUAUUAUCCUCCAACCCCAAGCAGUCCGACCACUCCACUGGUUCCGUCGCCGCCUUAUCUUCCGGAUCCAACCACUCCUCCUACGCCUUUUGAUCCUUCCUCUCCACCAUUCCCAUGCACAUACUGGGGAAGUCAUCCAGGGUUGAUAUUUGGAGUGUUAGGGUGGUGGGCAACAGCCGGCGGCGUAUUCGGUGGCGUGACGGCGUUGCCAGGACUAAACACAGGAAGCAGUCUUCAAGAAAUGCUAACAAACCCUAGACAUGAUGGUUAUGGUUCCCUUUAUAGAGAAGGAACUGCCUCUUUCCUUAACUCAAUGGCGUCAAAGGAGUUCGCCUUCUCUACAAAGCAAGUCAAGGAUUCCUUCCUCUCUUCUCUCGACUCCGAUAAGGCUGCCGGUGCUCAAGCUAAGCUCUUCAAGCUUGCUAAUGAGAAGAAGCUCAAGUUUGCUACCACUACUUCUUCCAAACCUUGAUUAAUUAUUAUUAAAGUUCAUGCAAUGACGACAUACUUUUAGUAGUUUUAAUUAUCGUAUUAGUUAAUUAACGAGUGAUUAUUAUUAUUAUUAUUAUUAUUAUGUGUUGUUUUGUUAAUUCGUGAUUAUUGGAAGUAUCUAAGUAAUUUUAUGUGAGACUUGAUCGAUGUUAUUAGCACUAUGAAUCUAUAUAUUAUAUAUGAUGAGUUGGAUGUUUCUAUCAAAAUAUAUGGUACGUUGUUUUUAUA